UUGGCUCGAUGAGGAGACGACUCAGACCACACAGAGCGGCGCCGAGGUUGGAGGGCACUGCCUGGACGCCGGGACCUCCCUUGCACCUUGCCUCCAGCCGGCAGAGGGAUCCGUCACAAGAUGAACACCACAACGAUGGCCUCGUUGGCCGCCACCCUGGCGACCAGCUCAACGACCGCCAGCACCCCUAUGCUCCAGGAAGGAAACGAGCCGCUGUUCCACUGGGCCGACUACCUGGUGCUCGCGCUCACCCUCGGCAUCUCCCUUCUGGUGGGCCUGUACUACGGCUGCUUCGGCUCGAGGCAGAAGACAGACUUGGAGUACUUGCUCGCCAACAGGCAGAUGAAGACUGUUCCUGUAGCCAUUUCCCUUAUCGCGGGUUUCAUUUCCGGCAUCACACUUUUGGGUACACCGGCUGACAUUUACAGCUAUGGCACCCAGUACUAUGCCAUCGUUAUUGGUAUCUUUUUCAUGGCCUUCGCCAUUAGCUACCUCUACAUUCCUGUUUUCGUCAACCUCAAUGUACGAUCCUCCUUCGAGUACCUGAACGUGCGUUUCGGGGAUAGAGCGGUUCGCACUUUAUCUGCUGCUAUUUUUCUGCUGGAUGCUCACUCCACACUGAGUUCCACCAAUAUAAAUGGACUGUCAACAUUCUAUAACAAAUACAGAGAGCUUCACCAGUAA